AUGAAAAAUCUUACCAACCUCAGGCACCUUGAAUUGGACAUAAAACGCCAAAUUAGUUCUAUGCCAAAGGAAUUUGGAAAGUUAACAAACCUUCAAACCUUAUCGGCGUUCAUCGUAGGCAAAGAGAAAGGACAAUGCAUAGAAGAGCUUAAAGACAUGAGAUUCCUUCAUGGGUCCAUAUGUAUAGUCAAUCUUGAAAAUGUGACUAAUAUGAGAGAAGCCGUCGCGGCUAAGUUAGAACAAAAGCCAUGCUUGGAAGGCUUGGAGUUGCAAUGGAAUGAGUUUAAAGAUGGCCUAGAAGAGCAACAAAUCUUGGCUGGUCUUCAACCUCAUAAUAGGAUCAAAUGGUUAACUAUAACAGGUUAUGGUGGUUUUAUGUUUCCAAGUUGGUUGGGAAACCCAACAUUUUGCAGGAUUGAGAGAAUUCUUUUGCAAAAUUGUCGUUAUUGUAAAGUAUUCCCUUCUCUUGGCCAGCUUCCAAUGCUUAAACAUCUUUAUGUGGAAGAGAUGCAUGAUUUGACACGCGUGGAUGAUGAGUCCCAAGGUCCAAACAGUUUUCCAUCUUUGCAGUCUCUUACAUUUCAUAAUCUGCAGAACUUGCAACAAUGGAAGGAUUUGAAAGCAGGGGAUAUGCCUAACCUCACUCAUCUUACAGUAAUAGAUUGUCCAAGCUUGAACUUUCUUCCUUCACUUCAUUAUCUUACAAGACUUGAGAGCUUAGAGAUUUCUCAAUGUCCCAAGCUUCAAUGCUUACCAGCAGAAGGUUUACCGGAUUCACUGGAAUGUCUAAUCAUCAUAGACUGUUCUGUUCUGAAGGAAAGAUGCAGAGUUCAUGAAGGUGAAGAUUGGAACAAGAUACAGUCCAUCCCUAAAGUUGAGAUUGAUUAUGAGGAUAUAUUUUGGUGA